UUUAUUCCAAACAACUCAAGCCUUUUAUUAUUUAAGCUCUUCAAUAAUUCCAAAACACUAAAUAACCUUGAACUAAGUGGUAGCUGCUCGCACCUCAUGGAAAACCAAGAGGAAUUGAACUCAAACAUAGGAGAUUCACAUAUUCAAGAGGGAGGAAACGAUGCUAUCAACACAUCAAUGGUGUUGCCCCAACAAGUUACUUUCAGUUCUUUGUUGAAUGGAGACAAUGAUGCUGUUGAAGAACAAAUGAUUUGUGAUUUUGAAUCUACAAUUCCCAAGGAGGAACCUAGAGACGAAAAUGAUAUCAUAACAAGUGAGAAUGUUACCGCUGCUGCUGAGAGAUAUCAAAAUCUGAAUAUUUCGUUGGAAAAGGAGGGAUUGAAUUCAAUUAAUAAAUCUUCACAGGAUCAUGGGAGAGAAAUGUCUGAUAGAGGAUUCAAUCUAAACCAAACCCCUUCCCAAUCACCUUUACUUGAAGCCAUUGCUACACCAAUGAUGUUGCCCCAACCAAUCACAUUCAGUUCUCUGUUGAAUGGAGAUGAUCUUGCUACUGAAGAAAAGAUGCUUUCUGAAUUACAAUCUUCAUUUCCAGAGCCUGAAGAAGCAAUGGCUGGACAGGUUCAACCAUAUAGCCCUAUUACUACAAGGGAUACUGAAGAUUAUGAUACAACAUUAACUCUAUCUUUGAGGGAGCAAAUUCACAACAUGACAAGUGUGAAUGUUACAAAUCCUCAGAGAAAAUUGAGCAUUUCAUUGGGAAAGCAACCAAUAGUAAUGCAACAUGGAGAUGAUCGUCCUUUGAAACGAACCAUUGAAGUUGGAGAGUCUUCCACUGCUAAAUAUCAAAAGAAGGAUCCACCUCCUAUGGUUGUUGUUGCAAAUGAAGUAAGGAACUACAAUGCUUCAAACAACGCCUCUAGAUUAAUGCAAGUGAGGAACUAUAAUGCUUCAAGCAACACUUCUCGAUUAAUGGAAAUGAGGAACUAUAGUCUUCCAAUCAACAUCUCUGAUCCCAAUCCAGUUCCAAAUACUCUAUAUCACCCCCAAUACGAGGUCAUGGGUAUUUCAGGUGACCCCUAUAUUAGAGCGAUGAAGGCAUUAGGUUAUCAUCAAGAGAGAGAUUGGUAUUUCAUAUUCAAAUGAAGAAUGGUUGGGAUUUUGGAGAGAAGAUGAAUUAAAUAAAUUGGUUGAAACUCAACUUUUUUUUAAAAUUGAUUAUUAUCUUCCAUCAAUUACAGUAAUUUGUAAUAUGUUUUUUUUUGUCCGAGUGAUCACUUAAACAUUUUCUUCAUAU